AUGAUCACUAUGAUUCAUUGUUCGAUUAUUUCUCGAACAAAUAAUCGUAAUGAUGUUGAUCCAUUUGGAUUAAUUCGAGAUAACUAUGGUUGUGAUGCUGUUAUUAAAAGUUGUGGAAAUAAAGGAAAAUGUUGCGAUGCUCAUGAUGCUUGUUACAAACGACAUGGCUGUAAAGCAAUUAGUUGGAUUUAUUUAUGGGGAAAUUGUCGUCAAUGCAAUUUAGAUGUAAUGGCUUGUGCUGUUAGACAAAAUCCAGGAAAAAGUUCAUGUUGUUCAGCUAAAAAUUGUGGACAACCACGGCCAUAA